UCAUGGCCGAUAGGUGGACUCUGAGUGGUGGGAGAACCGACUGUCCUUCCUAAAAUGGUCGCCGGUAGGUGGAUUGGGAACCGACUCUCCCACCCAUAUUCCGGGGUCCUCUUCACCUCUUUCACCAGAUUUGAGCGACCUUGAUUAACUAUGUCUUUAGAGGAUCAUAUCCAAACUUUGCAAGAUGCAUACAACAAAAUCCAGACCUUACGCCAACUUCCUCAGGCAUUGCUGAAAACUCCCACUUCUUUGGCUUUGCCAAAAACAACCUCGUUAAUCGUUCAAUCCCAGAAAAUCACAGACAUAGCUCAAACCCUCAAAUCUGACAAGGUCCAGGAGGCUUUACGUGCUGCGAAGGCUAGUCAGAGUGCGAACGGAUUGAAGGGGACCGUUAAUCUUCGUCGAGAGAACAGGAAACGGAGACGCGCCCCUUCUCCAGAGUCUCCGCAGCCGUAUGUUGCUCCCGAUAACUUGGGCGCAUCACUGUUCCCCCCUCCGACGACAGAUGUAACACCGCUAAAAGCAGCAGAACUGUUCGAUUACAUUCACCACUUCAAUCGAGAGCAUUCUUGCACAGUACAUAUAUGGAGGCCCAUGCGAACAUGUAGUUCCGAUACUGUGGAUCGUCCUACUACACUAAGGUUCUGCAUAAGAGACAUUCUUACCGCUUUCAUCACCGUCAACCAGUUGGACGACACCACUUUGAUUACAGAAAGUGUGGCAGUUUUCGGGCCUCGGGAACAGAAACCACCGCAUUCACAAUCCGACUAUUUUGUGUACCAAAGCAUAUCGCAACAGGCGACACAAAAGCUUCAUUCACAUCCACAAGUGCCCCUUCAAACUUUGCUGGAUCUUCUAUGUGCUUAUGAGGGUAUUUUUAUUGACCGUUGCACGGUCUGUGAACGAGUACUUUCUCCCGAAGGUCAUAUCCCCCCAGUUGUACGUUUAUGGACCCAGGGCCAAGAUGGCGAGCGAGGUAAAUGGGAAUCCAGACAUGUCAAUUGUCGGCUGUGGUAG